AUGGCUGCUGGGAUUAAUCCUGUUCCACUCUCUUUCUGCUAUGUCACCUGGGCAGGGCUGCACCGUCUCUCCUCUUUCCAGCUCAUGUCACCCAAGCGGCUGAGUGUGCUGAGGGUGAAUUCCCUGGUGCUCGCGGCCUAUGAUAGUGACACAGACAGAUUGAAUCCUCGCAACAGGUACAGCCCAGAAGACCAGCAGUUCUGGAGCGAGAUUGGCACUUGGUACCGGGCCUGGGACUCCUGGGUGGAGACCGAGUACCGGGCCCUGGUGGAGGAGAUAAAGACCAGCUCCCCACAGGCCGAGCCCUACUGUGACAUGCACGAUGCCACCGGUGCUGCCCGAGUCAUCACCAGAUAUGCCCUCAAUGGGGAGGACGUGCUGUGGUACCAGUCAGAGCAGAACCGCUGGGUUUCGGUGCACCCGGCGGCCUGGCCAGUGGCGGAGCUCUGGAACGAGAAAGAGGCAAGUUUUGAUGUGAUGAACGUCCACACAGCACAGCAAUGCCGCACCUUCACUGGGAUCACUGCACCCUUCUCCGCUCAGCAGACAGGUGAGAUCGUCGGGGGGCAUGAAGCCAAGCCCCACUCCAGGCCCUACAUGGCCUUUCUGCGUAUACAAGAAGGACACAACUACAAGCGUUGUGGCGGGUUCCUGGUGACGGAGAACUUUGUGCUGACGGCCGCUCACUGCCGGGGAGACAGGAUCAGUGUCACCCUGGGAGCCCACAACAUCGACAAACGGGAACCGAGCCAGCAAGUGAUCCCCGUGAGCCGGCAGAUCCCCCACCCGCGGUACAACAAGAACACUUUUAAUAAUGACAUCAUGCUGCUGCAGCUGGCUCACCCCCCGAAGGCGAGUGGACGCGUGAAAGCCCUCGCCCUGCCUUGUGCUGGCGAGAGGGUGCACCCUGGGUCGGUGUGCAGUGUGGCCGGCUGGGGCUUCACCGUCCCAGGGGAUAAGAGAUCUUUGGCCAGCGCGCUGCGGGAGGUCUUUGUGGAUGUGCUGGAGGACAACCACACCACAAUGCUGUGUGCCGGGGACCCGUCCAAGCGCAAAGACUCUGCCCAGGGCGACUCCGGCGGCCCCCUGGUGUGCGGGAGUAAGGCCCAGGGCAUCGUCUCCUGGGGGCCUGACACCGUGUACACGAGAGUCUCCUAUUACACCCAUUGGAUCCAGGACAUCCUGAGGAGAUGGAAGGAUAUCACCGUGGUCCUCGGGGCCCAUGACGUUGGUCAGGAAGAGGAUACCCAGCAACGAAUCGCCGUGCGGCGGAAGAUCCCCCAUCCCAAAUACAACAAGAAUGAUGCUCCUGAAGGUACCUGUCCCGGCACCCCUAGUGCCUCCCCUGUCCUGGCUCACGUCCAGGUGGGGCCCGAACCCCCUGACAUCCCCCUCUCGCAGCUGGCAAAGUCGGCUGAGCUGAACGAUGUGGUGGACACCAUCCCGCUGCCCGAAGAGGAUGACACAGUGGAGCUGGGGUCAGUGUGCAGCGUGGCCGGAUGGGGCAGGACCAGCCCAAAGAAAAACACCAGCCUCCUCCAUGAGGUGGAGCUGAAGGUGAUGUCCGACGGGACCUGCCAGGAAUACGUGCAGAUCCGACACUUCUACAGGCCUGGAAUGAUGAUGUGUGUGGGGAACCCUGCUGAGAAAAAGGCCUCGUUCUCGGGUGAUUCCGGGGGCCCCCUGGUGUGUGACGGGAAGGCCCAGGGCAUCGUCUCCUAUGGCAGCGCUAAUGGGUCAACUCCCAGUGUGUUCACCAAGCUCUCCAAAUAUCUCUGCUGGAUCCAGAAAAGCCAAAGGCUGCACUCUGAAAGGCCCCGACCCCUUCCCUGA